UUGAGAUUGGGCUUCACUCAGUGGGUCAUUGUGGUGAUUAAUGGUUUCAGAAGGAAGUGCAGCAGGAAGAGGCUUUGCAGGAAUGGAAGAGAUCUACAAUGCAGUGAGAAAGGGAGAAGAAACAGAAGAUACAGUUGGAUCUCUUCUCCAUUUCUUCACAAAGCUCCCAGCCUCCGAGACAGCCCAUGGAAGGAUUACUGUUGGUCCGUGCUUAAAGCAGUGUGUCCAAGACACCACAUGUGAGUAUCGUGCCACCCUCCAAAGGACUUCCAUAUCUCAGUACAUCACCGGUUCUCUCCUAGAAGCAACUACGUCUUUAGGAGCAAGAAGUGGCCUUCUCAGUUCUUUUGGAGGAUCCACUGGACGAAUGAUGCUAAAAGAACGCCAACCAGGCAGCUCUAUGGCCAAUUCCAACACCCUCCCUUCAAGUUCAGCUGGGAUCAGCAAGGAACUGCUUGAUCUGCAGCCCCUCAUCCAGUUCCCAGAGGAGGUCGCCAGCAUCCUGACGGAGCAGGAGCAGAAUAUUUACCGAAGGGUCUUGCCAGUUGACUACCUUUGCUUCUUAACCCGGGACUUGGGCACUCCGGAAUGCCAGGGGUCCCUGCCCUGCCUCAAAGCAUCCAUCUCGGCAUCGAUUCUUACCUCUCAGAAGGGAGAACACAAUGCCCUUGAAGAUCUUGUGAUGAGAUUUAAUGAGGUGAGCUCCUGGGUGACAUGGCUGAUCCUCACAGCAGGCUCCAUGGAGGAGAAGCGGGAGGUCUUCUCAUACUUGGUGCAUGUGGCCAAAUGCUGCUGGAACAUGGGCAACUACAACGCCGUCAUGGAGUUCUUGGCUGGCCUGAGGUCAAGAAAAGUUUUAAAAAUGUGGCAGUUUAUGGCUCAGUCUGACAUCGAGACCAUGCGGAGCCUGAAGGAUGCCAUGGCUCAGCACGAGUCCUCCUGGGAGUACAGAAAGGCAGUGACCCGUGCCCUGCAUGUCCCCGGCUGCAAGGUGGUUCCCUUCUGUGGGGUGUUUCUCAAGGAGCUCUGUGAAGUUCUUGAUGGAACCUCUGGCCUCCUGAAGCUUUGCCCACGGUACAAUUCCCAAGAGGAAACUUUAGAGUUUGUAGCAGAUUACAGGGGACAAGAUAAUUUCUUACAACGAGUGGGACAAAAUGGCUUGAAGAAUCCAGAGAAGGAGUCCACCGUUAACAGCAUCUUUCAGAUCAUCAGGAGCUGCAGUCGAAGUCUGGAGACAGAGGAGGAGGACAGCCCCAGUGAAGGAAACAGCUCUAGGAAAAAUUCAUGGAAGGAGAAAACCCGAUGGCAGUAA